UUCCGCCGAUGUACCAUGAAUUUCAUUCAGUCAGUUCAUUAAUGUGACUGAUUAAAUGCGGUUCGAUAUUCGAUGAGUUAACCUGCGUGGCGUGUUGUUUUAUUUGUGCAUUGUUAAUAAUAACCAAAUUUUGUGUUAAUAUCAGAAAAUUGGAUUGUGGUGGGUGUGAAGCAAAUAAAGCGAAAAUGAUUGUCCUUUAUCUGAUAAGUGCAGUUGCUGCGAUAUUGUUCAUGAAAUUUUAUCUGUAUAAACGAAGAAUGAUGAAAUACGUUGGACAUUUGCCUGCUCUGCCGGAAAUACCAAUAGUUGGAUCUGGUCUUUAUUUUAUUGGGAAAAAUACAAUCGAGAUCAUGGAUACGCUUUGCAUUACCACCGAACUGCUGGACACACCAUGCAGAUUUUGGCUCGGUCCUUUUUUGGCUGUUUUUCUGGGCAAACCAGAAGAUGUUCAAACUGUACUGCUAUCGCCGAAAUGUCUGGAAAAGCCCUACAUUUAUCGCUUUAUGGAUGUCAAUCUAGGAUUAUUUACUGCACCCAUACAUGUAUGGAAACCACAGCGGAAGCUUUUGAAUCCGACGUUUAAUAAUAAAAUUUUGCUGUCGUUCAUUCCCAUUUUCAACGAAAGAUCACAAGUUUUGGUUGAAACAUUAGGGAAAAGGGUGGGCGAAAAGGCGUUUGAUAUUAGCAAACAGUUCCUUGCUUGUACGUUGGAAAUGGUUUGUGCAACAACUAUUGGUUACGAUUUUGACUUUCAAGGCAGCAAAAAUGUGGAAUUGCUGGAUGCAAUGGAAUCUCAAUCUUCGCUAAUUGCAAAUCGAAUGACAAAAUUCUGGUUACAUCCGGAUUGGUUUUACAAAUGGACUGAUGAUUACAAGAGCUAUCGACAUGGUACUGCCAUUGUCUACGACAUUCCAAAAGCCAUAAGAAAACGUAAGCUACUGGAAUUCGACGAGAAUUAUUUCAAGAACCACAAAGAGCUGAAAGAAGACGAAUUCUAUUCAACGCCGCAAAUAUUUAUCAACGAACUGUUGAAAUUGCACCAAAAAAAUCUGAUUGACGAGCAAACGCUUGACGAUCAAAUUGUGACCGUAUUAGUUGGUGGCAAUGAAACGUCAGCUCUCUCCAUGUCAAACAUUAUGUUAAUGUUGGCCAUGCAUCCGGAAGUACAGGAAAAAGCUUUCCAGGAGAUUAAAGAUUGUCACGAGACUCAAACGUCUCCAUCUGAUGCUGAAAUUUUGGCAAAAUUGGAUUACCUUGAAAUGUGCAUCAAAGAAGCAAUGAGACUGUUUCCAGUUGCACCAUUUUUGGGCCGUCAGAAUAUGGAGGAUAUCCAGCUGAGCAAUUGCACAAUUCCGAAGGGUACAAUGCUAGUAUUGUCAUGUCAUUACUUACAUCGCAAUAAAGAAGUGUGGGGACCAAAUGCUGACAAGUUUGAUCCGGAUAAUUUUCUACCGGAGAAGGUCGCUUCGAGACACGCAUACUCGUACCUACCGUUUUCAGGUGGUGGAAGAAAUUGCAUCGGAAUCAAAUACGCCUGGUUAUCGAUGAAGAUCAUGCUGGCUGCGAUUAUGAGACAAUACAAAUUUUCCACACAUCUUAAGCUUGAGGACAUCGUCACAAAAUUUGAGGUAACGUUGAAAAUAGAUAAUUGUCAUAUGGUGACCGUUGAAAGGCGAGAAAAGUAUUAAUGAUUGUAUGUAGUGGCAUAAUCUAGGUGAACAAA